ACGACAUUACAACCCGCCGCUAACCGGACGCCAGCGCGCCGCCGCCGCCGCCCAUGAGAGCUCCGCCGCGCCGACGCAGAGCAGCGCCGAGUCCGUCCAGGAGGCGCCGAGCCGCGGGGGAGUCAGCAGCCGUGUCGGCCUGCGGGGUCCAGCAGCAUCACCUCCGAGAGGCAGCCCGCCAAUAAACACCAUUUUUUGUGUUUUUUUUUUGUUUUUUGUUUUUUUCCCGGGGGUGGACGGAGCUGACGUCUGCAAGCGUGAACGCGGAAUAACGGCAUCGAGAUGGCUGAGGUGUCGCAAGAGGAGAGACUCCAGGUCAUCGCUGAGAAGAGGAAGAAGCAAAUGGAGAUUGAAAACAAGCGGAGGCAGCUGGAUGAUGACCGACGGCAACUGCAGCAUCUUAAGUCCAAGGCGCUGAGAGAGCGCUGGUUGUUAGACGGCGCUCCUGCCGAGGAGGAGACUCAGAAGCGUCUGCACGACGAGGAAGUGAAGACCAAAAUCCUGGAGCAGGUCAUCCUGAGGCUGGAGCAAGAGAUCGAAGAACUGGAGACGGGUGUGCCAGCUAACAAGGGCGUGGCCAAAGAAAAUGGAGGCGAGAACAGCGUGGCGCAGACGGCGAAGAGAGAGGCGGCGGGCAUGGAGGCCAAGCUGCUGGGCCCCAGUCCCGAGCAGGCCAGCGCCGACAACCCCGUCACCCUGGUCUUCAUGGGCUACAAGACCGUGGAGGAGGAGCAGGCCAGCCGCACGGUGGCGGGCACGGACGCGGCCGACGGCGACGUGAAGGCCGAGUUCGUGGUGAUCGAGGACGGGGAGGCCAGGCCGGCGGGGGAGGCGGCCACCCGGGACCAGGCCCCGCCCAACGGCAGCAUGGCGGAGACGGAGAAGGCCAACGGCGGCGGCGAGGACGGCGGGAAAGAACAGGAGAAGAAACAGACCUGCAAGUGUUGUGCGGUCAUGUGAGCUGUAAGUGUGUGUGUGUGUGUGUGUGUGUGUGUGUGUGUGGUAUUGCAUGUGUGUACGCCAGCUUUGUGUGUGCGCACGGAUGACGCGUUGACCUACCGACAACCGGAGCCAACAGCGACAAGAAAAACGCCAACCAGGACUCACAAGUACACACACUUUCUCGGACACCUUUCAUUUCUAUCGAUAUUUUUCUAUUUUUUACCGUCUUGACAUUUAUAUCGUACUCCGUACCUUUUGUUAUGAUUAUGACUCUUAUUAUCAUGGGGACUGUGUACUGUGGGUUUGUUGUUAUUGUUGGGAUGAAAAGCAAAGCAAAAGUUUCGAGAGGAAAAAAGCUCUCUGGAUUGUUCCGCCACCCGCCUUGAAAAAGGGGGAAACCUGGAAACCUAAAAGUCAUUCACACAACAAACACAGAUGCUUCAAUAUAUAUAAUAUAUAUAUAUAAAUAUAAAUAUAUAUCUCUGUGUAAGCCUAGCAGCUAUUUAUCAGCCGAUUUCAUAUUGUGAUAUUGUCCCGAGAUAUUAUUUUGAAUAGUAUUUUAAUAUAUUGAUAUGAAAUUAUGUUUUAUACACUGUAUUUAUUGUUUGUGAGUACGGUGGGUCGGUUGCUUUUUUGCCUCGGUCCCUCACUUGAAAAGAUAAGUGGAGACCGAAAGAGAAAGAUGAUGCCCCCUGGUGGUUGUUAGAGCACACCGCCGCCAGGCCCGGAUAAUCCCGCAGGGUUCUCACGGGAACGAGGCAAAAAAAUAAAAUAAACGACCCUCUGUGAUAUCAAUCACCUGCACCAUUACCUGCAUGUCGGCAAGUCUUUUCUUUGACCAACCGCACCACCGCUUUGAGGCUGCGUUCACACUUGUGGUUCCGCGCGAAAAAGUGCGAAAACGAGAUACCUUACCUUAUUUUACACCGCACCAAAGGGUGAGCGGUAGAGAACAUUUGCACCUGACUGGACAGCUCAUGUGACAUAAAACACUGGCAAUGCGUGUUCUUUACUUUCAUGACUAAUUACAUUCUAUAUCAGGGGUCGCCCACUGGCCUGUUCUAAAAAUAGCUCAAAUAGCAGCACUUACCAGUGAGCUGCCUCUAUUUUUUAAUAUUGUAUUUAUUUACUAGCAAGCUGGUCUCGCUUUGCUCGACAUUUUUAAUUCUUAGAGAGACAAAACUCAAAUAGAAUUAGAAAAUCCAGGAAAAUAUUUUAAAGACUUGGUCUUCACUUGUUUGAAUAAAUUCAUUUAUUUUUUUUACUUUGCUUUUUAUAACUUUCAGAAAGACAAUUUUAGAGUAAAAAUACAACCUUAAAAAUGAUUUUCGGAUUUUUAAACACAUAUACCUUUUUACCUUUUAAAUUCCUUCCUUUUCUUUCCUGACAAUUUAAAUCAAUGUUCAAGUAAAUUUAGUUUU